GCUUCUUAAUAGUCUGCUUUGCAUAAAUGAAAAGAAACCACUUUGUCAGAGGGGUUAUGGUUGUCCUAGCUCAGACAGGAGGUGUACUUCAAGAAUCUUUCAAAACAGAAACAGAAGGAAGUCAUGGAGAAGAAUGGAAACAACCACAAACUUCGUGUUUGUGUUGCUACUUGCAACCGUGCUGAUUAUUCAAAAUUAGCUCCCAUUAUGUUUGGUAUUAAGGCUGAACCACAGUUCUUUGAGCUUGAUGUCGUAGUUCUUGGCUCCCACCUGAUUGAUGAUUAUGGUAAUACCUAUCGUAUGAUUGAGCAAGAUGACUUUGAUAUUCAUACAAGAUUACACACCAUCGUGAGAGGGGAGGAUGAGGCAGCUAUGGUGGAGUCAGUGGGCCUUGCGUUAGUCAAGUUGCCCGAUGUCCUCAACCGCCUGAAGCCGGACAUAAUGAUAGUUCAUGGGGACAGAUUCGAUGCUUUGGCCCUGGCCACGUCUGCAGCCCUGAUGAACAUUCGCAUUCUUCACAUCGAGGGUGGGGAAGUCAGUGGGACCAUCGAUGACUCCAUCAGACAUGCCAUAACCAAACUGGCCCACUACCACGUGUGCUGCACGAGGAGUGCGGAGCAGCACUUGAUAGCCAUGUGUGAAGACCACGACCGCAUCCUUUUAGCAGGCUGUCCCUCGUAUGACAAGCUUCUCUCUGCCAAAAACAAGGACUACAUGAGCAUCAUUAGCACGUGGCUAGGUGAAGAUGUCAAAACCAGAGAUUAUAUAGUUGCUCUACAACAUCCUGUAACCACAGAUAUUAAGCAUUCCAUAAAGAUGUUUGAGUUGACACUAGAUGCACUCAUCUCCUUCAACAAGAGAACACUUGUCCUAUUCCCUAAUGUGGAUGCAGGAAGCAAAGAGAUGGUUCGUGUGAUGAGGAAGAAGGGCAUUGAACACCAUCCUAAUUUUCGGGCAGUAAAGCACGUGCCAUUUGACCAGUUCAUUCAGCUAGUUGCUCAUGCUGGUUGUAUGAUUGGUAACAGCAGCUGUGGUGUUAGAGAGGUGGGUGCUUUUGGCACACCUGUCAUCAACCUGGGGACGCGUCAAACAGGAAGAGAAACAGGUGAAAAUGUUCUUCAUGUUCGUGAUGCUGACACACAGGAUAAGAUUCUUCAUGCUCUACAGCUGCAGUUUGGGAAGCAAUAUCCAUGCUCAAAAAUAUAUGGAGAUGGUAAUGCUGUUCCAAGGAUUUUGAAGUUCCUUAAAUCUAUUGACCUCAAAGAACCAUUGCAAAAGAAAUUCUGUUUUCCUCCUGUCAAAGAUAAUAUCUCUCAAGAUAUUGACCAUAUUCUAGAGACACAGAGUGCUCUGGCAGUGGAUCUAGGUGGAACAAAUCUCCGAGUAGCAAUUGUCAGUAUGAAGGGUGAAAUAGUUAAGAAGUAUACCCAGCUCAACCCUAAAACCUAUGAAGACAGACUAGCAUUAAUUCUAAAGAUGUGUGUAGAGGCUGCAUCAGAAGCAGUAAAUGUAAACUGCAGAAUUCUGGGAGUAGGUAUUUCCACAGGUGGACGGGUAAACCCUCGAGAAGGCAUUGUGCUUCACUCUACAAAACUCAUUCAGGAGUGGAGCUCUGUGGAUCUUAGGACUCCUAUAUCUGAUGCUUUGCACCUGCCAGUCUGGGUGGACAAUGAUGGAAACUGUGCUGCUCUAGCAGAGAGGAAAUUUGGUCAUGGAAAAGGAAUAGAAAAUUUUGUAACACUGAUUACUGGUACAGGAAUUGGAGGUGGAAUCGUUCAUCAACAUGAAUUAAUCCAUGGCAGUUCUUUCUGUGCUGCUGAGCUUGGGCACAUUGUCGUAUCCUUAGAUGGACCAGAGUGCCUGUGUGGCAGCCAAGGAUGUAUAGAGGCAUAUGCCUCAGGAAUAGCACUACAGAGAGAAGCUAAGAAACUGCAUGAUGAUGAUCUGCUUUUAGUAGAAGGAAUGUCAAUGAAGGAAGAGGAGAUUGUUAGUGCUGCACAUCUUAUUCAAGCAGCUAAACUUGGGAAUACAAAAGCAGAGAGCAUUCUCAGAACAGCUGGGACUGCACUGGGCCUUGGCGUUGUGAACAUUCUACACACCGUGAACCCCUCUCUUGUGAUCCUUUCUGGAGUUCUAGCUAACCAUUAUGUUAAUGCUGUCAAAGAUGUGAUAAAUCGGCAGGCACUGGCCUCUGUUAAAACAGUGGAUGUAGUGGUCUCAAAUCUAGCAGAUCCUGCUCUUCUUGGAGCUGCUAGCCUGGUACUGGAUUAUACUACACGUAGAAUAUACUAGAAGAAUUAGAGAAUUGGACUAUUCAAAUUCCUAAUGGGUGGAGGGAAUACUUUCUCCCAAAUUUUUCUUUGAUGAGAGCAGCUAAUGAAUCAGAGUAGUACCGAGCAGUUAGUGACUACUUCAGCAUUUCCUAAUUGACAUACUAUCUUUUUGUAUUUUUCCUAAAUUUCAGCUGACUUCACUGGAAGUAAUGUGCAAUUCUGGUUUUUUAAGCACUUCUGUUGGUAAGCCUAUACAUUACUUUUGAGUAUGGCUGAAUUAUUUUGAGCAUCUCUUGCAGUAUGGGGAUAAUGUGUAUGGUAUGUAAAACUAUUAUAACUCUUGGGGAUCCAUAUCUCAUUUCCCACUUAUGUGAAAUGAGAAGUUUACCAGCUUUUCAGUUUCCAGGAUUCCACCCACAAAGUAAAGAUGAUGUAAUCACCAGUAGCAUGUAGUAAUUUCAGUGGGUGGAAGUGAGUGCCUCUAUAAUAAAAAAGGCUACACCUAGAAUUUCCUUUUCAUGAAGGAUUUGGUAGAGGCAGCCAAGUUUGUUUAUUACAUCAUCUCAAAAGGGCAGAGUCCCAUUUUAGAAGCUUUGCAUAUGAAGGAAAAAAAAACUAGUUUAGGAGCUUAUGGCCAAUAGAAAAUUGAAUUUUAAUCUUGGGAAAUUUCUCAAGAGACUUAAUCUACUACUUUCAGGGAGGGGGGCUGCUUAUUCUUUGGUAGCCAGAUAGCUGAAAUUCAGCUACAUGGCACAGCUGAUCAUAAAAAAAUCUACCUUUCACUGCAGAGUGACAUGGUGCAUCUCCUCAGCCAUUUGGGUGGCUGCAGGUACACUAUUCUUGUCCUGCUUUCACCAUCAGCUUUCAGGAUGGAGAGUCAAAUCUGAUCCUUAUCCUCGUCCUCAGAGCAUUCAGAGGCCUAGGAGAAAAGUAUGUCAAAUACCAGUGAAGGCUUGCCUAAGUAAGCUGUUGUUAGUAUUUCUUUAAUGAGUACUUGAUAUAUAGUGCUGUCUUUAUCCAGCUGCUUUUUUAGCAUACUUUCAAGAUGCUGGAGAAAUCGAAAAACCAACCCAUCUAUCAGCUAAUCCAGAAAGCUAUCUCUGGAGGAACAGUCACAAGACUGUCCUGUCCUGAAUUUAAUGACCUAUUUUGACAUCUGACUCAACCACUGAUAUUCUCAGAAGUCCAGUAAUGUGUUAGUACAGGGGCUAUUUCCACACUUGAAUUUCUCCAAUUGAAACAAUCUUCUGUAACCAUUGCCCUGUGCUAUACAAUGAACUUGGACUGAAUAGCUCCUAGUACACUCACUAACUCUGGGAUAUAAUCUAUACAGACUGUCUUCACCCUCUCUUCCACAAGGAAUGCUUACUGGUAACUCACAUCUUCGGAGCAGAUUUCAGGACCACCACCUGAUCUCCCUCCUGAUGUCUCCAAGAACAAUCAUGCAGCCUGUACACCGUAGUUUUCUCAGACUUGGCAAAUAACUGGUUCUCAAAUGUUUGUCAAGUUAUACUAGGCUUUAUUUAACCAAGGAGUUUUAGUUCCUUUUCCUACACAUCUUGGUUUACUUGAUGAUUCCCAUUACCUUCAAUACCAGAGCAUUAGCUCUAUGAGCAGGUCAAGGAGAAACUGGCAUUUCUCUGCAGUGACAGUAGUUUAGAUCAGGAGUACUGAGAUUCUAAAAGUGAGGAGGCCUGCCCUUUGAUCUUUCCAUCCUCUGCCAUCACAAGGAAUAGCCUGGCUGGAAUGCCUGGCUGAAAGUGGGACCAGGCUUUUGCUUUCCAGACUCUCUGAAGCUCUGUAUUUCUGAUAUCUCAGACUCAAAAUGUUUUUCCAGCAGCUGAAGGGAGGGUGCAGGCACGGGGAAAACAAAACAGACUAAAACACAGUCGAAAAGUUUUACAGCUUUAACAUCUAGUCAUUUUAAGAAAAAGAUGCUUCAAGUUAUUUUGAAAAUGCUUUUUCUCUGUCAAUUGGCCAAUAACUUGCUGCAUAUGUACAAGUGGUUUGUAAAAUCAGAAAGAAUAAAAAAUCAUAUU